UUGUCAAACUUGUUAAAAAUAUGGUGCUGUCCAUUUUCAAGCAACUGCAUAAGACCAGAAAAUCUGUAUUUAAUGGAGACACAUACGCACUAGGAGUUGUUAGAGAGAAAAUAAAUGAAGAAUUCAAAAGCAAUAAAGAUGUAGAUGAUACUCAGAAGAUUGAAGAGCUUCUUACUCUAGCAGAGAGUACUGAACAUGCCCUACGAACAAUGGUUGUCCAAGCAGAAUAUAAUCCAGAUACUGGAAAUUACAGGGCGAAUGUCACUAAAGACACACAGCUAUUUGAUAAUAAACCAUUUGAUCCAAACGCAGAGUUACCUAAGAGGAAAAGAAGACCAAAAUGUGAUGAUAAAGUGUCAUGAAUUGGAACUAAUAACUGUAUAUACAUUUAGUUAAUGAAAAUAAAAUGUUAAUUAUUGAACUCACA